AUGCUUAGGGUUUAUAAAUCUUCUCAUUCUCUGGUGCAGUCAAGCAACACACAAAGAGACACAAAAGAAAAUCUCAAAACGAAGAAACCAAAGACUGAGAAUGUUAACUACGACUCUUUCUAUGGCAACCUCAUUCCGUUGCUCAUCCUUCUCUUCCACAUAUUGCUUUGGUGCUUCUAAUUCUUGCACCCGAAGCCACCGUGCCUCCAAACUCAGUCCUAUCUCGGCCGUCAAAGCUCCCAAGAAAAUCAAGAAGCUUGGAUCCGAGAUCUCGCCUCUAAUACUAAAAGAAUCCCGCAUCCUCGCCGACUACCUCCAUGACAAGUUUGGUGUUUCGAUAGUCUUUUCGGCCACUGCUGCAGCGGCAGAUAUCUUCUCUCCUCUGGUGGAUGGUGACGGGAAUAUGUCAACUGUGGAGGAGCAAACCAAGUUCGAUGUGGUUAUCAGUGACAUAGCCAUCGGUCUUCGUAUUGAAGUGGCUAAAGUGAUGAAGGCUAUGAAUCGUGUGCCGUUGAUUGAAUUGAAAGAGCUCACUGAAGAUUUUCCGAAGAUUUUCAUAGAAGGCGUGACGAAAGAUGAAGCAGAAGAAGCCAAGAUACAGCUCGAAGAAGCUGGCGCCACGGUAUCCAUUGUUCAAGUUUUAAUAAUCUGAUUUCCUUACAAGUAGUUUUCUGGAGUUUCAUGGGGUCUUUUUGUGUUGUUAGCAUAGCUAACAAAUUUUUGGUAAUCGUGAUUUAAGCUUUGUGAAAUUGUUGCAAUUUGAAUCCAUUUGGUUUAUCAGAAAUGACUUGAAAAGGAAUGAUUGAAACUGUAUGG